UAAUGUAAUCCAGCGGCAGGACUACAAUACCCAGGGGGCCCCGCGCCACGCCCCCUCUGCCAGCGCCGCAGUGACGCCGGGUCCCUCACGUGUCCCGUCCCCCUCCUCCCCCUGAACAACAUGGCGGGGCUGGGCAGCGGGGAGCGCUGGGCCGAAGCCUUAAUUGAUGCACUCAGAAGGAAUGCGUGCCCAACAGAGGAAAACAGUGAGAGUUCUGACUUCUGUGCUUGCAGUGACUGUAUGAGAGGGAAGAAGGAGAAAUGCGACACUGAGAGGGGUCAAGCGGGCUCUGGAGAAGCUAGUAUGACUUACACAGAGGAGCAGUUGUAUGGGGUACAAAGAAUAAAGAAGUGUAGCAAUUAUUAUGAAAUUUUGGGAGUUGAGAGAGAGGCCAAUGAGGAGGAUUUGAAGAAAGCUUAUCGAAAACUGGCCCUUAAAUUUCACCCUGACAAAAACUGUGCUCCUGGAGCAACAGAAGCUUUUAAAGCAAUAGGCACUGCUUUUGCCGUUCUGAGCAACCCUGAAAAACGAUCGCGAUAUGAUCAAUUUGGGGAUGAGCAAGAGACUUUCAGCACUCCCCGGGCUAGGAACUAUGAUUAUUACAGGGAAUUUGAAGCAGACAUCACACCAGAAGAAAUAUUCAACAUGUUUUUUGGCGGGCACUUCCCUACAGGAAAUAUUCAUAUGUUUUCAAAUGUGACACCAGACACCCACUAUUAUCGGCGGCGACACCGAAAUGAGAGAGCCUGGAUGCGGGACAAAGAGGAGGACGAGAACAGGCCUCAGAAUACUUACUCUGCAUUUAUGCAGUUGCUGCCGGUUUUGGUGAUCAUAGUUGUGUCAGUUAUAACUCAGCUGAUGGCCACUAAUCCACCGUACAGCCUGUUCUACAAAUCGUCCAUAGGCCAUACCAUUCCUAGAGAAACACAAAACCUGCAGGUGCCUUAUUAUGUUGAUAAAAACUUCGAAAAUAGUUAUAAAGGAGCAGAACUUCAAGAGCUAGAGAAAACCGUUGAAAAGGAUUAUAUAGACUAUAUCCAGACCAGCUGCUGGAAGGAGAAACAACAAAAAUCCGACUUGUCGAAUUUGGCCAGAUUAUACAGAGAUGAGCGAUUAAAACAGAAAGCGGAGUCACUGAAACUUGAGCACUGUGAAAAGCUCUCCAAUCUUAUUGGACUACACAAGGGGGGCUGAGUAGGCCAGACAAAUCCUGGGUUAUUUAUUGCUGUUUUAACUUGUUUCUAUUUUCCUUUGUAUUUAUUAAAAAAAAGAAAGAAAGAGCCUAAUGUAGAGUUUUAAUAAUUGGUAACUUUGUAAUGUUCACCGAACUGGGCAACCCUGAGCCAUAGGGACAGUAUUUGCUCUAGUUAGAAUUCCAGUUAGAAUAUCAGGGUUGGAAGGGACCUCAGGAGGUCAUCUAGUCCAACCCCAUGCUCAAAGCAGGACAGCUCCCCAAUUUUUGCCCCAGAUCCCUAAGUGGCCCCCUCAAGGAUUGAACUCACAACCCUGGGUUUAGCAGGCCAAUGCUCAAACCACUGAGCUAUCCCUCCCCCAAUAUACUAAUAUACUGUAUAUCCUGGUUGGUUCCAAAAACCAAUGGUAUUCAAUGUAAAUUAACUCCCUAAAAUGUAGCUUAGUUUGGCACCAGUCUUCAUUUGAUAUAGUUUUUCUGCCACCCAAGCAACUUUGCUUCCCAGAAAAGUGUACAUAUUAUCUCAUAUACCCUGUAUUUUAUUUGGACGUAGACCACACUCAGUCAUUCAGGCGAUGUAGUUUUCAGUUAUAUGCUAGCAUUCCCAUAUUCAUCUGAAGCUGAUUUCCUUGCAUCCAAAAUGGCUUGUGAAAAAAAAAAUUGAGAGAGGGCAUACUCCCUGCUCCAUUCUACUUUCCAGUGCUUACCUCAGGUAUUCAUCAAAGCCUUGAUUCAGCUAAGCAUGUACUUAGGUCUCACUGAAGUCAAUGAGAUUUAAGCAUGUGCUUAAAAUUAAGCAUGUGUUAUGUGCUUUGCUGAAUUUAGAUCCAAACCUAUACUAUACUUUUAUAAUUAGUGAUGUAAUUAACUCAGAUUGCCAGUAGGAAUUUGGAAAUUGUUUAUUUCUGCAAUAGCAUAUCUCAGUUGCUAACAUUCAUUUCUGUGCAUGUGGGAUGCUUUCCUGGAGUCCCUGCUCUUGCCACAAUGUCUCAUUUGAACUCACCCAUUUAUCCUUUUCUCUCACGUGGAAAACUUGCAAUGAUAACAUUUCAUUGUGAAAAUUACAGCUAUUCUUUAGCUAAAUUUGAAGGAUGCCAGUGGAUCUAAUUAAGCAAAGAUGUAUCCCAUCUCUUUUGCAAUGAGCAGGAGAAGCUUUCCCCCAACUAACUAAGAAAACCAGCUCAAACUUUGAGAGUUUCAUUGUAAUCAGAAACUUAAAAGAGGUGAUAAUUUGUUAACUUUACAGUAGGAAAGGAAUCUGAGGUGGAUUCUUAUGACUGCCAAGCCACUGGAGAAGAGGAUGCAGCCAGAUACAUUGUUCUCGUGUAUUCUAUUCAGUGGCACAGUAUUUUUAUUUUUUAAGCUUAUUGUCUAGUUUAAUUUUUAUCUCCAAGCAUUCUCUUUCGUCUUGCUCCAACAGAGAUUCUCCAGGCAGUUUUUUGAUACAGUUCUUAUUUAACACAUUCUUGUUUUGAUGUGCAAUUGUCAUGCAUGUUUCACUCUAGGGAUUGGAUUUUUUUUUCUUUGUAAUACUAAUUUAUUACUCUCCUGUUUUAUAGUCCUCUUUUAUAAAAUCUGACAUUUAAUGGAAGGCAGAGGAAGAGAUGUACUCAUAAGAUGUACUCGUAUAUAAAGUCAUGAGUGGUGUGGAGAAAGUGAAUAAGGAAAAGUUGUUUACUUGUUCCCAUAAUAUAAGAACUAGGGGCCACCAAAUGAAAUUAAUGGGUAGCAGGUUUAAAACAAAUAAAAGGAAGUUCUUCUUCACUCAGUGCACAGUCAACCUGUGGAACUCCUUGCCUGAGGAGAUUGUGAAGGCUAGGACUAUAACAGGGUUUAAAAAAGAACAGGAUAAAUUCAUGGAGGUUAAGUCCAUUAAUGGCUAUUAGCCAGGAUGGGUAAGGAAUGGUGUCCCUAGCCUCUGAUUGUCAGAGGGUGAAGAUGGAUGGCAGGAGAGAGAUCACUUGAUCGUUACCUGUUAGGUUCACUCCCUCUGGGGCACCUGGCAUUGGCCACUGUCAGUAGAAGGGAUACUGGGCUGGAUGGACCCUUGGUCUAACCCAGUAUGGCCAUUCUUAUGCUCUUAUGUUAAGAGAACAAAAUGUUACUACAAAUAAUCAAGUUAAUGGGUGUGUUCCUCUAGUGCAGGGCAGCUACUGUGUACUGCAUUACCAUUAUAAUCUAGUUUAACUGGUUUAAGAACUGUAAGGCUGAUCCUCCAGUGGACUAGAUCUGAUGUAGAGGCUCUUAUUCCACACAACCACCCUGCAGCUAGUGUAGCAGAGAAAAGAAGGCAUGGCCAAGAUGAUUCUGCAACAUUUCAAUCCUCAGUUGCAUUUUGGCCCCUUGUAACUAUUUUAGUCUGCUGUAAAUUAGAGCAUCCUUUGAGCUGCUCGAACAGUACAAAGAGACCAGCCUGCAUGCAGCUGCAGGAGGAUCAAGGCUGUCCAAAGGUGGGUUUUAAACCACUUAUGCCUAUACCCUUAAUAGGACUCUGCAGCUUAGCUGCACCCCAGGUUCUGGACUGUUGUAUUUAAUCUUUGACUUGACUUAGCAGCAGAAGGGGUAGGCACUCAUCAUACUUUUUUCUUUUUCUGUCUACAAGUUUGUUGAACAGACUCUUCUAGAGGAUGAAAUUGCCUUUUUCCACGGACUAGGUACAUUACUUGCAGUGAUAGUGCAGGCUUCUCCAUGUUCAGCCCAGAUCUUGUUGAAAUAGUGACUCUUGUAAUGUGUUGACACUUUCCACUAAGAACUAAUCCAAUACUCCACUCACUUUUAAACUUCACAAUAGGUAAUGCAGGUAGCCACAGUUUCCUUUUUUUUUUAAUCUAGGAUAUCACAUACAAAAUACUACCUUAGAAUAACGUUAAGGUUGCAAAGUCAUGGGCUCCAAAAUUAAGAAAUGGCAGAAUUAAGGUUGCCCAUGCAGCUUUAGCGCAGCCUCUGCAUACAUUAUGUUGCAGUCUAUAAUUACAUGAUCACAUACUUUUUUUUUUUUUUCCACCGGACCGCUGCCUUGUUCAGUGUACAGGAUGCAGUGCUGAGGAAAAAUGAAUCAGGGUUGCAUAGAUACAGUUAUCUGUAAGACUGUUUAUUGUAGAAAUUGGAAGGUGUGUGGGGAAUGAAAUGAGAUUGAAGUAAGAGAAAGGAUAGUUUGGUAGUUAAGGUAACUGAAUUCCGCACUUGAAAAGUUGGAUUCUGUCCCUGCCUCUGCCAUAGAGUUUCUGUGUGGUGCUGGGCAAGUCACUUAAGCCGAACUUUUUUCACAGAUGGCCACUAAUUUGUUUGUCAUCUUGUGAGUGCCUGAUUUGAGACACCUGGGGACUGAUUUGCACAAGUGCUGAGCACUCACAACUGUAAAUGAAGUCUGUGUUUUGAACAUAUAAAAUGUUAUAAAAUACGAAGUUUUCUGAAAAAUCAGACUACAGGCACCUUGGACACUUUUGAAAGGAAUCUCUCUGCCUCAGCCCCCCAUAUGUGAAAUGGGAAUAAUACCCCCUUUUCUCUAAGGGUGUUGUGAAGAUAGAUUAAUGGUUGUGAAGCACUCAAAUACUAUAGUGAUGAGUUCUAUAGAAAACCCACAAAGAAAUUAAAUCUGUAUUUGGUGCAGGGCUUGGAUGGCAUGCAGUAUAAAUAAGGAUGGAUGCCACAGACUGCUCAAUGAGGAUAAAACAAAAUAUUGAGUAGCUGCUUAUUCAGCGAGCAACAUCCAUCCUGUGCUCUGAAUGAGGCAGGGAUCCUGCAGGGGGAAAAAAUAGUAUGUCAUCAUAUAAUUAAAGAUUGUAUCAUCGUGCAUGCUCACAAGGGUGCCAAAUUAACAUUUCACAGGCGACCUUAAUUCUGCUGUUUUCCUAAUCUGAGUGCUGUACUUGACUUUGUUUAUAAAGUUUUUUAAUAUAGCAUUGUAUAUGUAAUUUGAUAUAUGUCACAAUAGAUUUUAUGUGAACAGCAGGUCAGUGUUUUCACUGAGUUUAGUAUCCUCCAGUUAUUUCUAAUUUAUGCUCCCAGUACUAUCAAAAAUGUGGUAGGACAACUGAAUGCUAUGAUCUGGUUAGACAUAUAACAUGUACUGUAUAUAACUUGAAUACCUACAUAAUAUUUUGUAUUUACAGUAUAUUGCACCUUUCAUCCAACAAUCUUAAAGUGUUUUAUAGAGGCAGGACAUGAUCUACAAGAAGCACCAUCAUUUUAGGAGUCUUCUGUAGGACUUAAGAAGAGAACAUGAUUAAGUGGAAAACAAGACUGAAAAGUAAAGAGAUGUUUUAAAAAACAGUAAGAUGUUCUGUAUUCAGAAUCAUGGCCAGUCAUAUCAGAGAUUAAAAUCCUUCUCAGAGACUACUUCAAUGCCAGUAUUCUAGGGAAUGUGAGUAAAAACAAUUAGCAACAUAAAGUGUCUUGUUCUAAUGUUUGUCGCUACUUCUGUUUUUGCUAGGAAAUAGAUAAAAUAGAUCAAAUCUAGUCAAAUAUUUCUCAAGGUAACUAACUCAUUAAAUGAACUGCUUUCUUUAACCAGAAGGUAUUUACCAAAUUGUGAUCAACUUCUAUUUCCUGGUCUCUAAAUUAGAGAGUUUUUUCUGAGCAGCAAGUAGGGCGUGUUCAUUUUGAUUUAGGCUUCUAAUAUUUCCUGCCAUGAUAUAAAUGUGAGCUGUGUAAGGAUAUUUAUUACUUUUAAGAAGGUACUUGAAGCUUUGUAAGCCCCCUGGGCUGUUUCUCUGAGAAUUCCAAUAGAUUUGUGAAUAUGAUAUUUUUAGAAAUGAAGGAUUUCACAUUCUAAUUUAUGUACAUACGGUGGGUGAAAAGAUACUGAAUAUGAAAAGAGACAUGGUUGUGGAGUUUUGGGCUUUAUCAUGUGAAAUUGAUGAUGUGCAAUGGUUUCCACAAAGACUUGUAAUGAAAAAUUAAUCACUGUCCCACUGGUAGCCAUAACCCUGAGGCAGUGGUUCUUCAGUUUUCUUGUGAAGAUGGAACACUCUUGGCUAAGCAGCAGGAGCGGUGGGGAACAAGGCAGGGCAGCAUAGCGUUGCCACUUGAAAAGCCUAUGUUUUCUUCCAAGCAGAAAAAGCAAAGCAGUUUUUGAAGGCUGUCCUUGGAGAGUCUAGAUUACCUUUUCAGACCAAGCCAUUAACGCUGUCUUCCUAUCUAUGGUCUACUUGAAAGUCCCAAUCUCUCUCCCUCUUGCCAGCCCCCGAGACAACAUAAGAUAGUAAUACAGGAGGAUAAUUUUGUACGUAAAGAGGAUUACGAGGCUGUUGUGAAGAAGUUGGAG